AUGAAGAAACUACUCUCUGGAUUUCUUGGCAUUUCCAUGGCAGUUUUUCUGAAGAUGCAGCUCACAGAGCAUUUUGAAUUUCCAACGAUGGCGAGCAGGAGACAUAGCCGGCGCUCUCUUUCAACAGCAUCAACAAUAGCAACCAAGUGGCAACCGAAAUCCCAUGCCAUUUCUUGCCCCAACAAAGCUGCCACAUUGAACCGAACCAUUUUCAAAUCACAAGGAAAGGAAGACUUUGAAUUGUUCAAAUGGUUUGGAAAGCUAUGCAACGGAACCUAUAUGGAGAUGGGUGCCUUGGAUGGUGUCACAUUCAGCAAUACACACGCCUUUCACUACGGUCUUGAUUGGAAAGGAUUGCUUCUCGAAGCGUCUCCCAAAAACUAUGAGCGGCUCGUACAGAAUCGACCGAAUGAACUGGCAUUGGUUCAUGCGGGAGUCUGUGCAGAAGCAUCGGAUUUGCAUUGGAUCGAAGGGAAAUGGGAUGCUACAAGUGGAUUUUUGGAGUUUGCCACGGAUGCUCACAAGCAGAAUUUCUUUACAGGAGGGAGAUUGGAGCAGGCCCAAAUUGUCCGGUGUCAGCCUCUGAGGGAUACUAUCAAAGAACAACUGGGAGAGAAUGUUUACUUUGACUUUUACUCUUUGGACAUUGAAGGUGCUGAGUUCGCCGCCCUGGAAUCCCUCGAUUUUGACAAGGUCAGCUUUGGCAUGAUUUUGGUGGAAGCCGAUGGUCAGAAUCCCGUCAAAGACAUGGCAGUCAAGACGCUGUUGGAGAGCAAGGGGUAUCGAUACAUGCCCACCACUCAAGAACACACCAGAUUUGGGUCAUUGUGGUUCAUGAACAAGGAUUGGCACAAUAUCUACAAGGAUCUAAUAUAUGCAUCAUAG